AUGAACAAUAUGUCAAUGGUGACAGAAUUUAUUCUUAUGGGUUUUGCUGGACCAUGGAAGCUUCAGAUUUUACAAGAUGGGAUAUUCUUAGCAAUAUACGUUACAGCCCUGUUGGGAAAUGGUCUCAUUAUUACCAUAAUAUCUUUGGACCCAUGCCUCCACACACCAAUGUACUUCUUCAUAAGGAAUCUCUCCCUCUUUGAUAUUUGCCUCAUUUCUGCUGUUGUACCCAAAACCAUUGUUAACUCCUUGACACAUAGCAACCAUAUUUCUUUCCGUGGCUGUGUCAUCCAGGUCUUUCUGGUGGCAUUUUCAGCAGCCACAGAGCUGCUCCUCCUUACAGUGAUGUGCAUUGACCGUUAUGCUGCCAUCUGUCACCCUCUACACUAUGAUAUUAUCAUGAACAGGGGCACUUGUGUGAAAAUGGCAUUUUUCUCUUGUCUCAGUGGUGGUUUGUUGUCUAUGAUACACACAGGACUUACCUUUAAUUUAUCUUAUUGUGAAAUCAUUGAAAUUCAGCAAUUCUUCUGUGACAUUCCCCAGUUGUUAGUUAUUUCUUGCUCAGAACAUAUUACUUCAGAGAUUGUGUUUAUUUUCAUCAGUUCAGUACUAGAUUUCUGCUGCUUUAUUUGCAUCAUCAUCUCCUAUGCCUACAUAUUCUCUACUGUAAGGAAAAUUCCAUCCACAGAAGGAAAGUCAAAAGCUUACUCCACUUGUAUUCCACACCUAGUAGUGAUUAUACUGUUUUUAUCAACUGCCAUAAGUGCAUAUCUAAAACCUAUUUUAGCAUCUGCAUCCUUCACUGAUCUCAUUCUAUCUGCAUUCUAUAUUAUGUUGCCCCCUUCACUUAAUCCAAUCAUAUAUGGCCUGAGAAACAAGGCCAUGAAGGUUGGUUUAGAAAAGUUGAUUACAAAAUUCUUUUCUAAGGAGAAUGUAUUUAUUUUCCUUCAAAUGUAG